GAAGGUAAGGUUAAUUCUAGGGCAACACAGAUUGAGGGUGCUAUAAAUACGACCUUAAAUGAGGCAGAUGGGGUUGAGGGGGAGGUAGAACGACCUCUUAAUGAUGAACAUAGUAGUGAUAAUGAAGACUUUGAAGAAGAUAACUUAGAGAAUAUUUAUGAUGAAGAUGGCAGUGAAAUUGAAGAAGAAUUGAGGGCUUUUAGAGAGACCGCUAGAAAAGAAAAGAUAAGUGUAAGAAAAACAAAAAAACGGAGAAAAGCCAAUGUCAUUCAAGAAGUGGAGCUUGGGGAAGCUGGGGUAGAUAAGGGAUUUGAGGAUCUAGGGCUUAACAAGAAAGACAGAUUUGUUGGAAAGUUGGGUGGUGAUGAAGACUUUAUUUACUCAUCAGAUGAUGCUAGUGAAGACAGCAGUGAAGAUUUAGAUGUUCUUGCACAACCAGGUGUUGAUUUACCUUCAAGAAGAAAAAGCAAAAAGCUGAGGUAUGAUGAUUCUGCCAAGUAUGCUUUAUUUGAAUAGGUAUGAUAUUUGAAAAUGUGCAAUGCUUUAGACAAGCAGUAGCUGACUAUGCUAUUCAGGAGAAUAUUCAAUUAACUCUAAGACCCAAUGAACCACAUAGAGUAAGGGUAAAAUGUAAAGGAAAGUUAUGUAAUUAAGAGCUGUAUGGUAGUGUUAAUAAGGAUUAUUUCACUGUGAAAAAAUACUAUACAGCCCAUAAAUGUAAUACAAAGAACAAGAACAAGUUAUGCUCAGCUAAAUAUAUUGCUAAGAAGUUCAAGGACAGAAUAAUCUCUUAACCUGAUAUUAGAGUGUAUAAGUUGCAAGAAACAAUUAGAAAAGAGUUGGGGUUGAAGGUGGGAAGAUCAGUGUGUUAUAGGGCAAAGAUGAGUGUUGUAAGUUCAUGGUUGACUGGUCUGUUGAGUUUUCAAGUCUGCUGGACUAUGCUGAUAUGAUUAAGAGUACAAUCCCGGGACUUCUUGUUGGGUCAGAAUUUAUAAUGAGACACAACCUGAGAAACAUUUGUUCAAGUAUUUUUAUGUCUGUUUUGAUGCAUUGAAAAAGGGAUAGUUAGAAGGUUGUAUGAGGAUCAUAGGAUUGGAUGGUUGUUUCUUGAAGGGGGCCUGCAAAGGUGAACUGUUACUUGCUAUUGGAAAGAAUGAGAAUCAGCAAAUGUACCCAAUAGCAUGGGCAGUUAUUGACCAAGAAACUAAACAUUCUUGGAGUUGGUUCUUAAGUCAUCUCAUUCAAGAUUUGGAGCUUGGUCUAGGAGAUGGAUUAACAAUAAUGUCUGACAUGCAAAAGGGCCUUAUUCUAGCUGUUCAAGAAUUACUUCCUAAUGCUGAAAGGAGGACGUGUGCAAGGAAUAUUUGGGCAAACUGGAAAAAAAAUAUGGAGAGGUGAAGCAAGAAGAAAACCUUCUGGAGAUGUGGUAAGGCCAGUUUUGAGGUAGACCCAAGAGAUGUAGGAGAAAUGACAAAGAUGAACCAAGAAAAAAGAAAUGGGGAAAAACAUCAAAGAAAGGAGCCAAUGACAUGUUCUAACUGCCACCAAAUUGGCCACAACAAAAAAGGGUGCAAAUCAGGGCCUCAAGAAAGACCAAGAACAACAACUGAAGCAACACCAAAUAGUCAACCUGCUACUCAACAAUCUAGUACAACUAGUGUUCCUUCUUCUUUGUGUCAAGAUACUACAAGAGUUAGAAAUAAUACUUCUACUAGGAGAGGUAGAGGGAGAGGACUAGGAAUAGGAGUUGGCAGAGGAAAGGGAAGGGGAACUGGUAUAGGAAGGGGCACUGGCUUAGGAAGGGGAAUGGGGGCUAGUUUUGAUUCAACAAGUACAACAGCCAGUGCACUUGCUAGAUUUGCUACUGCUGCUUCUCUUCAUGCUGCUACUAAAUCUAUUUCUGCUGCUGUUGGAAAAAAGGAACAAGAGUACUGGGAUUUGGCAUUUAUACAGACACACAGUCUGGAAGACAAGUUUUUAAUCCUGGAGCACUAAGUGCAAGAGUCAUCUCUAGUGGGAGACAAUUAAAGAAUGCAUCAUUUACCAAUAUUGAUCUUGAAUUUUAGCCACCUGAAUUGAAAUGGAAGGGAAAAGCUGCUAUAAGUGGAAACCAACUUCAACAACAAAAAGAGAUGCAAAUGAAGAAGAAAAGGGCUCAGUAGAGAAGAUUUCACUUAUGUAGUUUGUUCAAGUGUUUUGUCUAAUUUGGUUUUCAUGAACCUAAAACUGCAGUUUUAGUUAUUUGCUAUUAAAUUAAUUUUUCAAAUGUAAUCUUGACAUUUUAUUUUGUGACUAUUGCGUUGGUUUGAGCAAUAAAAUUUACAGUUUAUUCUA